AGCCGAGCUGCUCGCCGGGCCCGCUCCCUCUCCGCCUCGGCCGCCAUGCCGUCGACUGCGGAGCCGAGCAUGGUUGUCGAGCUCGACGGGCUGGUUGUGCUGAAGGUGCUCAACCACUGCCAGAGCGCGCUGCCAUCCUUCGUGACGGGCCAGCUGCUGGGGAUGGACAUCGGCCGCACCGUCGAAGUCACCAACUGCUUCCCCUUCCCCGGGAAGAGCGAGGAUGUCGGCGGCGGCGGCGCCGACGAUGCGGCUGGCGACGGCGACGGCGCCGAGUACCAGAUGGAGAUGAUGCGGUGCCUGCGCGACGUGAACGUGGACAACAACACGGUGGGGUGGUACCAGUCCACCUACUUCUCCUCCUUCAUCGAGGAGUCGUGCAUCGAGACGCAGUUCAACUACCAGCAGCACAUCAAGACGGCCGUCCUGCUCGUCUACGACCCGGCUCGCACGCGCGCGACCGGGAUGCCGCUCCGCGCCUUCCGGCUGACGGACCACUUCAUGGCGCUCUACCGCGAGGGCAAAUUCACGCUGCAGGCGGUCGCGGCCGCCAACCUGCCUCGCUCCGAGGUCUUCGAGGAGCUGCCCCUGAAGGUGCGCCACUCGCACCUCUCCUCGGCGCUGCUCCUCGACCUCCAGCCAGAGUGCAACCUGCCGGCGGGCGGCGCCGACUUUGCGCGGCUCGAGCUGCACACCAACCCCUUCCUCGAGAAGCAGAUGCAGCUUCUGAUCGAGUGCACCGACGACCUGCAGCAGGAGUCGUCCAAGCUGCAGCACUACGAGAGAAACACGCAGCGGCAAAAGGCGGCUCAGGCCGCGUACCUGCAGAAGAAGAAGGCGGAGAAGGCGGCCAAGCUGCUCAAGGGAGAGGAGGUUGCCGACGAGGACACGAGCAGCAACCCGCUCUUCAAGCCCAUCCCGCAGCCCUCGCGUCUCGAGGCGCUGCUCAUCGCAAACCAGAUGCAGUCCUACUGCCAGCAGAUCAACGCCUUCUCGGGCCAGUCCUUCGCGAAGCUCUUCCUCCUCCAGAGCCUCAACUCGGGCGCCCAGUGAGACGUGCCGCGCAGCUGCUGCGCCGCACGGGCAGCCGAGCGCUGCGCAGGCGGAGCGCUCUUGGUCUCGUAACGACGCGUGUUCGCGUCGUCCGAUAUCGCGAAUCGGGUCGCCGGCUGAGUCCGACAGCGACACGCGACAGCAGCGGAUAUAAGUUUUUGUGCAUCUCCCACUCUUAAAAGCGU